AUAUGCUUAUAAAGUGGAUAUGGAUCUCCAAAGAGAAGUUUCUUCCUAACUAUAUAUUCCUUUCAGAGUACAUUUUCUUCUCAUCUGAAUCUCUUCUAUUCUUCUCUUCUCUCAUCUCAUUCCCAAACAAACAGAAACUAUAUAUGAUGAUAGAUGAAUCAACAUCAAGUACAAUAAAAUAGGUAUCUAGCUAUUAUUUUCUUGACCAAAAAAAUAAAAGGUAUCUAUAGCUAUUAGUAGCUAGAACCUUUUUCAGAAUCAUAUAUAUAUAUUUAUGUAUCUUCAAAUUGUGUGCUAGUUAGAGAUAUUGAAAAAAUGGAAUGGUUUAUAGGUGUAUGUGUGAGCAUAAUUGUAUUGUUAAUAAGUUCUUGGUGGUUUGUGAUGAAGAAGAAGAAGAAGAAGGAGAAAAAUGGAAAUAAAAUACCAAAAGGAAAUUCAGGUUGGCCUUUACUUGGAGAGACACUUGAGUUCAUUGCUUCUGGCUAUUCUUCUCGACCUGUCAUCUUCAUGGAAAAUCGCAAGUCUAUUUAUGGGAAUGUGUUUAAGACAAAUAUUUUGGGAAGCAAUGUGAUAAUUUCAACAGAUCCAGAAGUAAACAAGGUUAUUCUGCAGAAUCAAAGAAAUAUAUUUGUCCCUGCUUAUCCAAAAUCAAUUAGAGAAUUAAUGGGAGAACACUCAAUACUUCAAUUGAAUGGUAACAUGCAUAAGAAACUUCAUUCACUCAUUGCAGUGUUUCUUAAAUCUCCACAAUUUAAAGCUCAAAUCACCAAAGAUAUUCAACAUUCUGUCAAACAAUGCUUAGCUUCUUGGACCAACAAUACAAUAUACUUUCAAGAUGAAGUCAAAAAGAUUACAUUUACUAUUUUGAUUAAAGUUUUGAUGAGCAUUGGUCCUGGUGAAGAUUUGGAUUUGUUGAAAAGAGAAUUUGGAGAAUACAUCAAAGGCUUGAUUUGCUUACCCAUCAAGUUUCCAGGAACAACAUUAUACAAAUCCUUGAAGGCUAAGGAAAGGAUGAUGAAGAUGGUGAGAAGGAUAGUAGAGGACAGAAUGAAGCUAAUUAUAGAUAAUAAUGCAGACCGUUGUGCAGUGAAUGAUGUGGUGGAUGCACUGUUAAGGGAUAAGAGUGAGUUAUACAACUCUAGCUCAAGUUCAAGCCUAAUGGUGGAAAUGAUUAGCCAAAACAUCAUAGAGUUUAUGAUCCCAGGAGAAGAAACCCUUCCUACAGCCAUGACAUUAGCCCUCAAAUUUCUCUCUGACUCUCCUCUCGCUCUAUCGAAACUUAUGGAGGAAAACAUGGAAUUGAAGAAGCAGAAGACUAAUUGCUCAAAUGAGUAUACAUGGACUGAUUACAUGUCACUGACAUUUACUCAAAAUGUCAUCAGUGAAACUCUUAGAAUGGCCAAUAUAGUCAAUGGCAUUUGGAGAAAAGCAGUCAAAGACGUCGAAAUUAAAGGGUACCUAAUUCCAAAAGACUGGUGUGUUAUGGCAUCUCUUACCUCAGUUCACAUGGACGAAAAGAACUACGAAAAUCCCUUUAAGUUUGAUCCAUGGAGAUGGGAGAAAAUUGGAGUGGUGGCUAGUAACAAUUGUUUUACCCCAUUUGGGAGUGGACAUAGACUAUGCCCUGGAUUAGAACUUUCUAGGCUAGAACUUUCUAUUUUCCUUCACCAUCUUGUUACUACAUACAGAUGGAUGGCUGAGAGGGAUGAAAUAAUAUACUUUCCAACUGUUAAGAUGAAGAAAAAGCUCCCAAUUAGAGUGCAACCCAUUAACACCUCAUUGGAUUAGGCCACCAAGAAAAUCUUCUAUUGUAUAUAAAGAGAUUUAUAUUUAUUUAUAUUAUACUCUCUCCGGUCUCAUUGGUCUCAUAUAUAAGCAACAAUUCAGUUUUUAGGCUCAUUGUAUAGACUAAAUUUAUCAGUUAUUCAAUGAACCUGAAAAUGAAUCGAGGCUUAUAUGAGACCAGAGAGAGUAUGUUUAUUUCAACCUAGAGGAGUAACUUUAUAGUCGACAGAACAAUAAGGUUACCUUUCCAGAAAAAAGUGUUUUGUACUAUAUAUUGUAUUGGCACUUGCAUAACAUCAAUAUUCAAAGAAUAAAGGUGCUUUUGGACCCUAUUACAAUAUUUUUUUAAAAA